ACAAAAGAAAUUCCCUAAACGAUUCAAAUUUGACAGUAGUUAAAAAUAAAUUGGUUUCGUUUACCUACAUUAUUGAAAAUAAAAUGUUGCUACCCAAUAAUAUUUCUUCGACUCGUAAAGAAAAGUUACGAACUACAUAAAUGAAAACAUAAGUUCGCGAGGUUUUUCGACAACGAAGGAAAGCAUUGCGUUACAUGUCACGCUGUACUAUUCGAGCAUGUGGCAAUAUUAAAACUCAGCUGAUGUGUGUUUGCGUUGACUGGUCAUUCAUACAUUGGCGAUUACUUGGCCGAGAAACCAACAAUAUAUAAUUUAUUCGUCGCUCUAAACAGGGUAAAGCCUCACUACUCAGAACUCUGGAGGACAAGCAAGAGGCGCUUAAAAUAUGCCAUGCCAAGGAUUUCGACUGUCGUUGUCUUCCGGGCGACUUUUGCAUUGGUUUUGUUCAUUUUGAUGGGACAGAUUUUAUUGUUUGCACUGACACGCUGCAAAGGACUAGGAGAUGAAGAUCUGAACGCGAAAAAUCGUGGGCGACAAGUUGAAAUUCCCACGGAAAAAUUGUCGUCGUUGACGGAAAAAAUUCGACGCCUGAAUCUCGAUGUUCAAAAUCUGAAAGAGGAGAAUAACGCUUUAAGUGGUGUCAUUCGCGAUUUAACCACACGUAACAAAGACAUUUCAAAGCGUUUAAAGCGGCUUAGAAAUGCGGAGAAAAUCACCAUCGCUCAAGAACUCAGCCGUGAAAAAAGCCGAAAGACGACAGGAGAAUUUUUGAGAGGUCAACCGUUAAGAAAUGAGUUUGAGGUUGUUCCGUUCGACGGCGUCGCGUACAAUGCGAUUUAUCAGAUUUAUCACGGUCUCUCGGGUAAUCCUGCCGAAAGACCGCAUGGACAUAAAGGUAAAGAUUACCAAGAGGUUAUGAAGAUUGCCGUUGAUGCUCUUAAAAACUACGAGGGCAGGAAAAUGGAGAUCACAGCGAGAGAUCUUGUGGAUGGAAUAAUGCGGGUCGAUCGCAUUAUCGGUUCCCAGUACGAUUUUUAUUUCAGAUCAACAAACAACAAAGUUUUUCACCGAGUCAAAAUUGAACGUCCAUUCGGUCCUUUGAACCUUGCAGGCAGCAUUGAGACAAUUGACACAAACAACGAGCUCAUAAACUUGAUUUUGCCGCUAUCGGGUCGGCUGGAUAAAUUUAAAGCCUUCCUGGACAAUUUUGUCGAUGUUUGUGUGAGAUGGGACAAAUCGGUUUUUCUCACAAUCGUUUUCUUUGGUCAGGAUGGUAAAAAAGAAUUGCAAACCAUGAUGGCGAACGUCUCCAAAGCAGAGAAUUUCACAGAUUAUAAACUAAUAUUUACGAAUGAGACAUUUUCUAGAGGCUACGGUCUCCAGCAGGGUGCUAUUUCCUGGGAGAAAGGCAAUGUCCUCAUGUUCUUUUGUGAUGUCGAUGUUAUGUUUACAUCUCAAUUUUUGGAUCGCUGUAGAUUUCACUCUACCCCAGGGUUGAAAGUAUACUACCCAGUCGUGUUUAGUCUUUACAACCCCACUAUAGUGUACGGAGGAUCACCACCUUCAAAUCAGAACCAAUUUCGUAUAAAUCGUGACACUGGUUACUGGAGAGAUUUUGGUUAUGGAAUGACUUGCCAGUACAGAAAUGACUUCAUAAAAAUUGGUGGCUUUGAUCUGUCAAUCAAAGGCUGGGGAAUGGAAGAUGUGAAGUUGUAUCGAAGCUACCUUGCCAGUGACUUGAUUGUUAUUCGGGCAGCAGACAGAGGAAUCUUUCACACAUGGCAUCCAAAGUACUGCAGUCGCAACCUAACCCAGUCACAGUUUUUAUCCUGUAUUAAGAGCAAAGUGAAAUCAGAAGCUUCUCAUUCACAGCUUGGUCUUCUAGCUUUUGGUAUGAAAAUUUUUGAUGAAAAAGAGAUUAACUGGAUUGAAAAACUUAAGGCUUCUAAGGAAAAAAAAAUUAAUUAGAGAAAAAAGUCAGCAACCACUUCUCAAAGAGAACCUUUAUUUAAAAAUUACUGAAAAAUGUAUAAAUUAAUUAAUGCACCAAAAUAAUCAAAGAAAUGACGGGAACUCCUUGCAAUGGUUGAUGCACGUGUAAAUAAUUCCAACACAUGCUGUAUUUAAAAAGUCUCCCUGCACGAAGAUCUGUAUAGAUGACAGUGGUGUAAAUGGAGAAAAUAAUAUGUGAUUCUUCAAGGUCUUAUUUCAUGAAAAUGACACACUUUUUAUUUAACAUAUUUUCUGAGUUUUAUACUGGUGAAAUCCAGAGUAAUCAGAGCUCAACACUAACUUUUCAACUUACUAGCCAAGUGGCUUGUGACAACUUAGGUAUUAGAACAAUUUCAGUUUGU